CGGCGGGGGUGCGGGACAAAUGCGGGGUCCUGGCUGACCGGCCCCCCACCCCCAGGAUGAGGCUGCAGCUCCUUGUGGCCGCGCUCUGCGCCGGGAUCCUGGCGGGGGCGCCCCGAGCGCGGGCCCAGCCCGGGGAGCGAGUGACCUGCACGCGCCUCUACGCCGCCGACAUCGUGUUCCUGCUCGACGGCUCCUCGUCCAUCGGCCGCGGCAACUUCCGCGAAGUGCGGGGCUUUCUCGAGGGGCUGGCGCUGCCCUUCGCGGGCGCGGCCGGGGCCCAGGGCGUGCGCUUCGCCGCCGUGCAGUACAGCGACGACCCGCGGACGGAGUUCGGCCUGGACGCGCUUGGCUCGGGGAGCGAGGUGAUCCGUGCCAUCCGUGAGCUCAGCUACAAGGGGGGCAACACGCGCACGGGGGCUGCGAUCCUCCACGUGGCCGACCACGUCUUCCUGCCCCAGCUGGCCCGGCCCGGCGUCCCCAAGGUCUGCAUCCUCAUCACGGACGGGAAGUCCCAGGACCUGGUGGACACAGCUGCCCAGAGGCUGAAGGGCCAGGGGGUCAAGCUGUUCGCCGUGGGGAUCAAGAACGCUGACCCGGAGGAGCUGAAGCGAGUGGCCUCCCAGCCGACCAGCGACUUCUUCUUCUUUGUCAACGACUUCAGCAUCUUGAGGACGCUGCUGCCCCUCGUCUCCCGGAGGGUGUGCACGACCGCGGGCGGCGUGCCUGUGCCCCUGCCCCCCGAUGUCUCGCCCUCUGGCCCGCGGGACCUGGUGCUGUCCGAGCCCAGCAGCCAGUCCUUGCGGGUGCAGUGGACAGCGGCCAGCGGCCCUGUCAGCGGCUACCAGGUCCAGUACACGCCCCUGACAGGCCUGGGCCAGCCGGUGCCCAGUGAGCGGCGGGAGGUGCGCGUCCCGGCCGGCGAGACCAGCACGCGGCUGCAGGGCCUCCAGCCGCUGACCGAGUACCAAGUGACCGUGGUCGCCCUCUACGCUAACAGCGUCGGGGAGGCCGUGAGCGGGACGGCGCGGACCACCGCCCUGGAGGGGCCGGAGCUGACCGUCCAGAACACCACCGCCCACAGCCUCCUGGUGGCCUGGCGGGGCGUGCCCGGGGCCACCGGCUACCGCGUGGCCUGGCGGCUCCUUAGUGGGGGGCCCACGCAGCAGCAGGAGCUGGGCCCGGGACAGGGGUCCGUGUUGCUUCGUGACCUGAAGCCUGGCACAGACUACGAGGUGACCGUGCGCGCCCUGCAUGGCCGUCACGUGGGGCCGGCCACCUCCCUGACGGCCCGCACUGGCGCUCCUGUCGAGCAGACACUGCGCCCGGUCCUCCUGGGCCCCACCUCCAUCCUCCUGUCGUGGAACCUGGUCCCCGAGGCCCGCGGCUACAGGCUGGAGUGGCGGCGAGAGAGCGGCGUGGAGGCGCCACAGAAGCUGGUGCUGCCCUCGGAGGUGACCCGCUACCAGCUGGAGGGGCUGCAGCCGGGCACGGAGUAUCGCUUCACGCUCUACACACUGCUGGAGGGCCAGGAGGUGGCCACGCCUGCCACCGUGGUCCCCACUGGGCCAGAGCGGCCGGUGGGCCCCGUGACAGACCUGCGGGCGACCGAGCUGCCGGGGCAGCGGGUGCGGCUGUCCUGGAGCCCAGUCCCGGGUGCCACCGAGUACCGCAUCGCUGUGAGCGGCACCCAGGGGGUGGAGAGGACCCAGGUGCUUCCUGGGAGUCAGACAACCUUUGACUUGGAUGACGUCCGAGCGGGGCUGAGCUACACCGUGCGGGUGUCCGCUCGAGUGGGCGCCCGUGAGGGCAGUGCCAGCACCCUCACUGUCCGCCGGGAGCAAGAAACCUCUCUGGCUAUCCCAGGGCUGCGGGUCGUGGCGUCGGAUUUAACCCGCGUGAGGGUGGCCUGGGGACCAGUGCCUGGAGCCAGUGGCUAUCGGAUUAGCUGGAGGACAGACAGUGGCCCAGAGGCCAGCCGGACACUGUCCCCGGAUUCCACUAGCAUGGACAUCACGGGGCUGCGGCCUGGCACCUCCUACCAAGUGUCUGUGUCGGCCCGGCGGGGGAGAGAGGAGGGCCCUGCUUCCGUCACCGUCGCACGCACUGACCCACUGGGCCCAGUGAAGACCGUCCAUGUGACUCAAGCCAGCAGCUCCUCUGUCACCAUUGCCUGGAGCUCGGUUCCUGGCGCCACAGGAUACAGGGUCUCCUGGCACUCAGGCUACGGCCCAGAGAAGUCCCAGCUGGUGUCUGGGGAAGCCACGACGGCCGAGCUGGAUGGGCUGGAGCCGGACACACAGUACACAGUGCGCGUGUGGGCCCACGUGGCCGGUGUAGAGGGGACCCCCACUUCUGUGGUUGUGAGGACCGAGCCCGAGCCCGUGGGCAGCGUGUCCGAGCUGCAGAUCCUCAACGCGUCCAGAGAUGUCCUGCUGGUCACCUGGGUGGGCGUCCCCGGAGCCACCGCCUACAGACUGGCCUGGGGCCGCAGCGACGGUGGCCCCACGAGGCAGCAGCUGCUCCCGGGAAGCGCGGAGUCCGCAGAGAUACGCGGGCUCGAGGGCGGAGUCAGCUACGCGGUGCGGGUCACGGCGCUGGUCGGGGACCGCGAGGGCGCCCCUGUCUCCAUCGUCGUCACCACGCCGCCCGCGGUCCCGCCCGCCCUGGAGGGCCUGCGCGUGGUGCGGAGAGGGCCGCACUCGCUGAGCCUGCACUGGCAGCCGGUGCCCGGGGCGCAGGGCUUCCGGCUGCGCUGGCGACCGGAGGGCGGCCAGGACCAGUCUCGGGUCCUGGGGCCCGAGCUCAGCGGCUAUGAACUGGACGGGCUGGAGCCCGGGACCUGGUACCGCGUGUGGCUGAGUGUCCGGUGGCCUUCUGGGGAAGGGCCCCCCACGGAGGUGACGGCGCAAACGGAGUCACCUCGCAUCCCGGGCGCUGAGCUGCGUGUGGUGGACACUUCGGUCGACUCGGUGACUCUGGCCUGGAGCCCGGUGCCUGGAGCAUCCAGCUACGUCCUCGCGUGGAGGCCACUUGGGGGCCGAGAAGUGCCCGGGGCCUCACAGACACUGCCCAGCACCUCGAGCUCCCAGCGGGUGACAGGCUUAGAGCCUGGCAUAGCCUACGUCUUCUCCCUGGCGCCCGUCCAGCAGGGUGUCCAGGGUCCGCCGGCCUCGGUCACACAGAGCCCAGCGUGUCCCCGAGGCCUGAUGGACGUGGUGUUCCUGGUACACACCACGCGGGACAGCGCCCAUCGCUCAGCCGCCGUGACCACAGCCCUGGAGCGUCUGGUGUCCGCACUUGGGCCUCUCGGGCCACAGGCGGUCCAGGUGGGCCUCCUGUCCUACAGUCACCGGGCCUCCCCGCUGUUCCCGCUGAACGGCUCCCAUGACCUCGGCGGCGUCCUGCAGAGGAUCCGCGACAUCCCCUACCUGGACCCCAGUGGGAACAACCUGGGCGCAGCCGUGGCCUCCGCCCAGAGAUACCUGCUGGCACCAGAUGCUCCCGGACGCCGCGGGCAGGCGCCGGGGGUGAUGGUUCUGUUAGUGGACGAGCCCUUGAGAGGCGACAUCUUCCACUCCGUCCGCGAGGCCCAGGCCGCGGGGCUCCAAGUGAUGGCCCUGGGCCUGGCGGGGGCCGACCUGGAGCAGCUGCGUCGCUUGGCGGCGGGCACGGGCCCAGUGCAGACCUUCUUCGCGGUGGACGACGGGCCCAGCUUGGACCGGGCAGUCAGUGGCCUGGCAGCAGCCCUGUGCCAGGCAGCCUCUGCCCCGCAGCCACAGCCCUGCACGGUGCAAUGUCCGAAGGGCCAGAAGGGGGAGUCCGGAGAGACGGGUCUAAAAGGACGAGACGGGCCCCCCGGCCCCCCUGGCCUCCCGGGCAGGGUCGGCCCUCCUGGCCCCCAGGGCCCCCCUGGGAGUUCCCUGGCGAAGGGCGACAGGGGCUCCCCUGGGGUGGAUGGGGCUCCAGGCAGCCCUGGCCUCCCCGGGAUUCCUGGGGCGCCUGGCCAAAAGGGCUCCCCAGGGGGGCCCGGCCCUCGUGGAGAUCCGGGAGAGCGAGGACCUCGAGGCCCAAAGGGGGAGCCGGGAGAGCCCGGCCGAGUGGCGGGGGGCGAUGGCCCAGGCCUUCCUGGACUUCCGGGCCCUCCUGGAUCUCAGGGCCCAUUGGGGGACCCAGGACCUCGGGGUCCCCCAGGACCUCCUGGAGCAGCUGUGAAGGGUGACAAAGGCGACCGUGGGGAGCGGGGCCCCCCUGGACCAGGCGCGGGCGGCACUGCUGCCGGGGAUCCCGGGCUGCCGGGUCUCCCUGGAAGCCCCGGACCCCAAGGCCCCGUGGGCGCCCCUGGGGAGAAAGGAGAGAAGGGCGACUGUGAGGAUGGAGCCCCAGGCCUCCCAGGACCGCCUGGGCCCCCGGGUGAGCCGGGCCUCCGGGGACUUCCUGGAGACGUUGGCUCCCGAGGCGAGCGGGGGCUGCCAGGGGCUGUGGGUGAGACUGGAGAGAAGGGCCAACGUGGACCCCCUGGCCCGGUGGGACCCCAGGGGCUGCCGGGAGUCGCCGGGCACCCGGGCGCGGAGGGCCCUGAGGGGCCACCCGGACCCACUGGCCGCCGAGGAGAGAAGGGGGAGCCUGGCCGCCCCGGGGACCCUGCCUCGGGACCUGCUGGUGGGGGCGUCAAAGGAGAGAAGGGAGAAGUGGGGCCCAGAGGAGCUGUGGGAGCCAAAGGGGAGCCGGGCCCUCCUGGCUUGGCUCUUCCUGGAGACCCCGGCCCCAAGGGCGACCCUGGGAGCCGGGGCCCCAUCGGCCUCACUGGCAGAGCUGGACCCCCGGGUGACGCGGGGCCACCUGGAGAGAAGGGCGACCCUGGGCGGCCCGGCGCCCCGGGACCUGUCGGCCCCCGAGGAAGAGACGGCGAAGUUGGAGAGAAAGGCGACGAGGGCCCGCCGGGGGACCCAGGUUUGCCCGGAAAAGCUGGCGAGCGUGGCCUGCGGGGGUUGCCAGGAGCUCGGGGCCCUGUGGGUGAGAAGGGAGACCAGGGAGAUCCCGGAGACGACGGGCGGAACGGCAGCCCUGGACCCUCUGGGCCCAAAGGGGACCGUGGGGAGCCGGGGCCCCCAGGACCCCCAGGACGGCUGGUGGACACGGGAGUCGGAGCCAGAGAGAAGGGAGAGCCCGGGGACCGUGGACAGGACGGACCUCCAGGGCCCAAGGGGGACCCCGGCCCCCCCGGAGCCUCCGGGGAGAGGGGCAUCGCUGGACUUCGGGGGCCCCCAGGCCCACAGGGGGACCCCGGCGCUCGCGGCCCCGCAGGAGACAAGGGCGACCGGGGCCCGCCUGGCCUGGACGGCCGCAAUGGGCUGGACGGGAAGCCAGGAGCCACUGGCCCCCCCGGGCUGCACGGUGCUCCGGGCAAAGCUGGGGACCCCGGGAGAGACGGCCUUCCGGGCCUCCGAGGAGAACAAGGACCUCCUGGCCCCCCUGGCCUCCCUGGACCACUGGGAAAGCCGGGCGAGGACGGCAAGCCAGGCCUGAAUGGGAAAAACGGAGAAGCUGGGGACCCCGGCGAGGACGGGAGGAAGGGAGAGAAGGGAGACGCGGGCGCCCCCGGGAGAGAAGGUCACGAUGGCCCCAAGGGUGACCGCGGAGCCCCUGGGAGCCCUGGCCUCCCCGGCCCCCCGGGCCUCCCCGGGCAGGUGGGCCCUCCCGGCCAGGGUUUCCCUGGCGUCCCAGGAAGUCCGGGCCCCAAGGGUGACCGAGGGGACACCGGAUCCAAAGGCGAGCAGGGCCUCCCCGGCGAGCGCGGCCUGAGAGGAGAGCCAGGGAGCGGCCCGAAUGUGGAGCGGCUGCUGGAAAACAUUGGGAUCAAGACCUCAGCCCUGCGGGAGAUGGUGGAGACCUGGCACGAGAGCUCUGGGCAGCUCCUGCCCGGGCCUGAGCGGCGCGGCCCCAAGGGGGACCCAGGCGAGCAGGGCCCCCCAGGCAAGCAGGGCCCCAUCGGCUUCUCCGGAGACCGCGGGCCCAAGGGAGACCGUGGAGACCCCGGCCCGCAGGGGCCACCCGGCCUGGCCCUCGGGGAGAGGGGCGCCCCGGGACCUCCUGGCCUGGCCGGGGAGCCCGGGAAGCCUGGCAUUCCUGGGCUCCCGGGCUCGGCUGGGGUCACGGGGGAGGCAGGAAGGCCAGGAGAACGGGGAGAACGGGGAGAGAAAGGAGAACGCGGAGAACAGGGCAGAGCCGGCCCCCCGGGCCUCCCCGGACCCCCCGGACCGCCCGGCGACAAGGUGGACGUGGACAAGCCAGGUCCUGGGCCGUCUGGGGAGCAAGGACCCCCCGGACCCAAGGGCACGAAGGGGGAGCCAGGCAGUGACGGCGACCGAGGCCCCAAAGGAGACAGGGGGGCGCCGGGCAUCAAGGGCGAGCAGGGGGAGCCUGGACAGAGGGGCCAAGGCGGCAUCCCGGGUCUGCCGGGAGAGCGCGGUGUGGCUGGGCCCGAAGGGAAGCCGGGUCUGCAAGGUCCAAGGGGGGCCCCUGGCCCAGCGGGUGGCCACGGAGACCCUGGACCACCCGGGGCCCCGGGUCUCGCCGGCCCCGCGGGGCCGCAGGGGCCGUCGGGGCUGAAGGGGGAGCCUGGAGAGACGGGACCACCAGGACGGGGCCUGCCUGGACCUCCCGGACCCGUGGGCCUCCCCGGGCCCCCCGGUGCUUCGGGCCUGGUGGGCCCCCAGGGGUCGCCGGGUUUGCCUGGACAAGUGGGGGAGACCGGGAAGCCGGGAGCCCCGGGUCGCGAUGGUGCUGGAGGCAAAGACGGAGACCGAGGAGCCCCGGGCCUGCCGGGAUCGCCAGGCCUGCCUGGCCCUGUCGGACCUAAAGGAGAACCUGGACCCAUGGGGACGCCUGGACAGGCUGUGGUCGGGCCCCCUGGAGUGAAGGGAGAGAAGGGAGCCCCCGGAGACCUUGCUCGAGACCUGGUGGGAGAGCCGGGAGCCAAAGGGGACCGUGGACUGCCCGGGCCGCGGGGCGAGAAGGGAGAAGCCGGCCGAGCCGGGGAGCCCGGAGACCCUGGGGAGGAUGGCUUUAAAGGGGCCCCAGGACUCAAGGGUCAGAAGGGUGACCCGGGAGUCGGGGUGCAGGGCCCCCCUGGGCCAAGCGGUCCUCCAGGUGCGAAGGGGGACGUGGGCGCCUCGGGUCCCCCCGGCGCUCCCGGCAUCGUCGGCUUCCCUGGCCAGACGGGCCCCCGGGGAGAGACGGGUCAGCCGGGCCCCGGCGGAGAGCGGGGCCUGGCCGGCGCCCCAGGGAGAGAGGGGGCCCCAGGUCCCUCGGGGCCUCCGGGACCGCCAGGGCCGGCGGGGGCACCCGGGGCCUCCGGACUCAAAGGAGACAAGGGGAACCCUGGAGCAGGGCUGCCCGGGGCGCGUGGAGAGCGCGGGGAGCCGGGUGUCCGGGGCGAAGACGGCCACCCCGGCCCGGAGGGACCUCGAGGCCCUGCGGGCCCCCCAGGCAGCCGCGGGGAGCGCGGGGAGAAGGGCGACCCUGGAGCCGCGGGGCUGAAGGGUGACAGGGGCGACUCGGCGAUAGUUCUGGGGCCUCCGGGGCCGCGGGGUGCCAAGGGGGACAUGGGUGAGCGAGGGCUGCGAGGUGCAGAUGGCGAGAAAGGACCUCGCGGAGACACUGGGACUCCUGGAGAGAAGGGCACCAAGGGGGAGCCGGGCGACAAGGGCGCGGCCGGGUCGCUGGGAGCACGCGGACCCACAGGACCUCAGGGGGAGCCCGGUGCUGCGGGGAUCCCUGGAGACCCGGGAUCCCCAGGAAAGGAUGGAGCCCCCGGCGUCCGCGGGGAAAAAGGAGAGAUGGGCUUUGUGGGUCCCCGGGGCCUCAAGGGCGAGCGUGGGGUGAAGGGCGCCUGUGGCCUGCAUGGAGAGAAGGGUGAUAAGGGAGAGGCCGGGCCCCCGGGCCGACACGGGCUGGCAGGACACAAGGGAGACAUGGGGGAGCCGGGGGAGCCGGGCCAGGUGGGGGCCCCUGGCAAGGAGGGCCUGAUCGGCCCCAAGGGCGACCGAGGCUUUGACGGGCAGUCGGGGCCCAAGGGUGACCAGGGCGAGAAAGGGGAGCGGGGCUUCCCAGGAAUUGGGGGCCUCCCAGGGCCCAGGGGCAGUGACGGUGCUAGUGGUCCCCCCGGGCCGCCCGGCAGUGUGGGCCCCAAAGGCUCGGAAGGACUCCAGGGCCAGAAGGGUGAGCGAGGUCCCCGUGGAGAGAGUCUGGUGGGUGCCCCUGGCGCCCCUGGGGCCCCCGGAGAGAGGGGGGAGCAGGGGCGGCCUGGACCUGCUGGCCCCCGAGGCGAGAAGGGAGAAGCCGCGCUGACAGAGGACGACAUUCGGGGCUUUGUGCGUCAGGAGAUGAGUCAGCACUGCGCCUGCCAGGGUCAGUUCCUCGCAUCUGGAUCCCGCCCCCUGCCUAGUUACGCGGACACCAGCAGCCGCCAGCGCCUCCCUGUGCUGCAGGUUUCUCACGCGGAGGAGGAAGACCGCGUGCCCCCCGAGGACGACGAGUACGAGUACGAGUACCCCGUGGAGGACGCCCAGGACCCCCAGGCUCCCUGGGAUGGCGACGGCGACCCCUGCUCGCUCCCGCUGGACGAGGGCUCCUGCUCUGCCUACACCCUGCGCUGGUACCACCGGUCGGCGGGGGGCACGCGGGCCUGCCACCCCUUCGUCUACGGCGGCUGCGGAGGGAACGCCAACCGCUUUGGGACCCGGGAGGCUUGUGAGCGCCACUGCCUGCCCCCCGGGGCCUCGAGCCAGGGAGCAGGUGCUCUCCAGCGCUGAGCCCCACAUGCGGCUGAAGUUCAGCGGCCCCUGUUGGCCGCGUCUCCGUGGCCCCCGUGGCUUUCCUGGUGCUAGCGGCUCGUGUGCGGGGAGCGUGCACGCGUCCGUCCGUCCGUCAUCUCAGUGACUUCCCGUGGGUCUGGCCGUCCCCUGUGGACAGGCCCCCAUUGUCGCGCCGGCCGCCCUGGCCGAUGGCUCAGUGUGGGGGUGGCCGUGGGCAGUGAGCGGAUGUGACUCCGGCGGACCCGCCCCUGCCCCGAGCUGGUGACAUGGUGCUGAUUCGGGGGCAUUAAAGCUGCUGCUGUGAAAGGCGCCUGUGUGACUCUUGGGAGAGGGGGUGUCGGGAGGCAGCUCCCCGGGGGGUCAGGACUGUCCUGCCUGGCGCAGGGCCCCUCUGUCCGGCCCUGGUCACUGUCCUGUGACCCGCGGUCUUCACUUGUCCCCCAAAGAGCAGCUGGGGGUAUGUCCUCACUGCCCUCCGAGGGCUGAGUCAUAGGUGGGGCUGCCUCGUGCAGCAGCGGCCCCGGCCCCCGGCCCCCACCCAGGGCGCCGAGGGAGAUAAAUGGGCCCUGAGCGGGCAGCGGCUGAGGCCGCCGCGCGGUCGCCUGGCCCCCUUGGCAGCCCCGGUGCCCUGGUCCUCCCGGAGGAGGCUGCUGCUCCUGGUAGGACGGGGUCGGACGGGCGGGCAGGGCCUCGGGGUUGAGUGGACCUGGGUCUGGGCGAGUGGAGGUCUCUGGACCCGAGGAAGCUCUGGGGUCCCCCACCCCCGCCCCUUGCCCU